GCGGAUGUGAAAUCAACAACAGCGACGACUGCAACCGUGCCGAGCACUCAUCUCUUCUUCUCUCUCAGUCUCUCUCGCCAUCUCCGUGAAGAUCCUCGGACAUGGUUAUGAGAUCGUAAGAGAUAAAUCUUGAAAAAAAAAACUGAAACUGGAAAUCGAAAAGCUAGGAGGGAAGAGAAAUGUCGGGGAAACUUUGGAUUCCGAGAUUUAUUCUCAUCACUCUAGUGCUUAGCAGCUUCCGAGUUAACUCUCAAUGUGAAUUCAGUUUCACUGGACGCAACAAGGUCUUUGAUUUCAAUUUAGCUUCUUCGAUUCGAAAUUUCCCUCACGGUGUCCUCAGCGAAGAUGGGUUUUAUAGAGUGGAAGCGAACAGUACCGUGUUAUGGUUUCAGGUUGUCUUCUACAUCAGCUUUGUGAUGUGCUGAUUUUCAAUCAUGAUCCUCCUCGAUGUGUUGGUUGUGAAGAUUGCGGAGGUCCAUCACACUGUGGAACAUCAUGUAGUGCACUUGUGUCAGAAAAUGUAAGAGGGUAUGAUGUAUGCACUUCUCUAGGGCAUGCCUCAAGCACAAAAGUUGAUAUUAUUGAUAAAGAGGAUCCUGGCAAAGGUGUCAUCGUUAAAAUGUCUGGUGGGGAUAGGAACCAAAAUUGCUCACUUUCAGUUUCUGUUAUUUGCCAGAAAAAUAAAGUUGAUGGACCACUCACUCUGGCGAAAUCUGGUACAUGUCAUUAUGCUACUCAGCUGCGACAUCCCUCCGGUUGUGCAGCAGCUAUCUCUGGCCAUAGCAGUGGAUGGGGCUGGUUUAGUACCUUACUAAUCAUUAUCUUGUGCCUGUUUGGAGCUUAUCUGCUGGGUGGUGCAGUAUAUCGGUAUUUCUCCCUUGGAAUUCGUGGCAUAGAUGUAAUCCCGAACGUGGAUUACUGGGCCACUGUACCUCACAGCGUACAGAGCUGUUUUGGCUCACUAUUUUCGAGAUUCGGGGGGUCUAGUCGUGGUCAACGAACCUCAUAUUCUCAGGUCAACUUCUGAGCAGACACAGCAUAUUCUCUGAUCCAUCGUCUGGAGACAAUUCCCCGAUCUUGCCUUGGCUCGUUCAACAAAUGUGAAACGCCGCUAGAUUGUACUAUUUUGUCCAAAAUAUGACUGCAAGUUAUAAGGUGCCUCUCCUUUUCAUCUUGUUAUGUCAUAGAUCCCUCUAGAAACAGAAGACUCUUGUUCAUUUGAUAGAAACAAUGCUAGCCAUUGCAAUCUGCGGCUUUUGCAUCUCCAGUGUUUGCUCUUUAGAAAUUGUUGUCUCGGUUUCUUGAGGCUGAUUUUUAAGAAAUGUUAACUGCUGUGUUGAUGUUUUAGACAAUUGUUAUUUCGACAAUAUUCUUGCAUGCUAAAUAAAGCUUUUGUAUUGGAUCUC